AUGGCGUUUCGAGGCCGCAUCUUAUCCAUCGGUAGUAUCGUCGAUUACAAGGAGGAAAGUAACGCACAGACACUACGGAAACCGAGCGUUCUGAACCUGGCACUGCUCUCGCACAGCGCCACGCUGCAUACCUUUUUCCUCCCACACUUUGACAAAUACAAAACCAAGCACUUUAACGAGUUGUGCGAACUUUACGAACAAGGUGUGAUUAAAAGCUUCGUCGACCCAACAGAAUUCAAGGGUAUUGAAAAGGUGUAUACUGCUAUUGACCACAUGUAUGCACGAAAAAAUAUCGGAAAGGUUGUCGUGGAGCUCUAG